AUGCUAGACCAAAAGUGUCAGUGUCCAAACUGUAAAAAGGGUUUCAACACAAGACCUGAGCUUCAGGUCAACACUUUCAUCUCUGAGGUGGCUGCUCAGUUCAGACAGUCAGCUCAACAAAAAGCCAGCAGCAGCAGCUCAGAGCAACAAGCUGCCAAACCAGGAGAAGUUCCCUGUGACGUCUGUACUGGCACCAAACUGAAGGCCCUGAAGUCCUGCCUGGUGUGUCAGGCCUCCUACUGUGAGACUCACCUGGAGCCUCAUCUGACAUCUUCAAGCCUGAAGAGACAUCAGCUGAUCGACCCUGUGGAGGACCUGGAAGGCAGGAUGUGUACGAAGCACGAUCAACUGCUGGAGUUGUUCUGUAAGACCGAUCAGAUGUGUGUCUGCACCCUCUGCACUGCUUUGGGCCACAAGACACAUGAUGUUGUUCCUCUGGAAGAAGAGUAUGAAGGGAAGAAGGCAGAGCUGGGGAAAAUAGAGGCUGAAAUUCAGGAGAUGAUCCAGAAGAGACAACUGAAAAUGUGGGAGAUCAUACAGUCAGUGGAGCUCAGUAAGGAAGAUGCAGACAGAGAGAUAGUAGAUGGUGUUAUGUUCUUCACCGCUUUGAAGGAGUCUGUUGAGAGAAGCCAGAUCAAACUCAUCGAGACGAUCAAAGAGAAGCAGAGAACAAAAGAGAGACAGGCUGAAGACUUCAUCAAAGCGCUGGAACAGGAAAUCUCUGAGCUGAUGAUGAGAAGCUCUGAGCUGGAUCAGCUCUCAUGCUCUGAAGACCACCUCCAUCUUCUUCAAAGAUUCCCCUGUCUGAAAGCUGCUCCACCAACCAUGGACUGGACAGACAUAAGCGUCCACCCAACAUCAUACGAGGGGACUGUGGUGAGAGCUGUGGCUGAACUGGAGCAGACGAUCACUAAACAGAUGAAGAGGCUGUUUGAGGCGGAGCUGAAGAGGGUCCAGCAGUAUACAGUGCAUGUGACACUCGAUCCUGAUGUUGUACAUCCCAGACCCGCCCAGUCUAAUGACAGACAACAGGUAAAGCGAGGUAAUGACUGUAGAUGUGUCUUAUCAAAGCGGGGUUUCACCUCAGGGAGGUUUUACUUCCAGGUUCAGGUUAACAGGUGGUCUACAUGGACUUUAGGAGUGGCCAGAAAGUUGACCAACAUGAGCAGAGAAAUCACACUGUGUCCCAGAAAUGGUUACUGGACUGUAUGUUCUAAGUCAUCUGGUGAGUACUUUGCUCCUGCUGACCCGUCGGUCCGUCUCUCCCUGAAGCCGAAGCCUGAGAAGGUGGGGGUGUUUGUGGAUUUUGAUGAGGGUCUGGUGUCCUUUUAUGACAUUGAUGUUGCAGCUCUUAUCUACUCCUUUACUGGCUGCUCCUUCAUUGAGGAGAUUUAUCCAUUCUUCAGUCCUUGUCCGCAUGAUGGUGUUACAAUGCACCUCCCUGAUAACAUGUGUGUAUUACAGUGAGGAGAAACAUCUAAGUUUUUGAAAAAAAUGCGGUACUCUUUCUACUUUUUCUUCUGUUUGGCAGUACCACAUCACAUUCUUCUUAUUUCAGUCUAUUUAUAAUUUUUGUUGUCCUGUUUUCCGUUGUGUAAUUUUGCUAUCUUGGUCUGUUCUGUAUGCACAACAUCUAUUGUAUGUCCGUCCAUCCUGGGAGAAGGUUCCCCCCUCUGUUGCUCUUCAUGAGGUUUCUUCCACUUUUCCCCAUUAAAGGGUUUUUUUGGGGUGUUUUUCUUAUGCCAUUCAAGGAUCUCAUGACAGAGGAGGUUGUUUGCUGUAUAGAUUGUAAAGUCCCCUGCGGCCAUUGUGAUUUGUGAUAUUGGGUUGUAUAAAAAAUGGACUUUACUUGACUUCCUUUUCAAUUCCAAAUGUUUUUUUAAAUUUUUUAAUAUGAUAUUUUCCUGUUAUAUGUCCCAUUGCUCCUCACAGUGGUUAAAUUAUCUGUGACUGAUCCUAUCUAGUGUAGUUUAAUCAUGUGUAUAAAGUGUCAUUGUCUUCAAAACAAUCAAAAUAUUAUGAAAAUGUAAUAAAAGGAGAAGCUUUUGCAGUGGUCAUUACAUAUU